GUCAGCGGGAGACGCGUUGGCGUAUAAAGUGGUUUUGACGCGAAGUCAGGUGUGAGCUACCGUAAGCUACCGUAAGUGGUAGUGCACAGGCGACUUGUGGACUUUACAGUACUGUACACCGGGGUUGUAAAUUUAGUACUGUAGCAGGCGCUGUAAAACGGCGCUGUUUAGCGGGCACGAUUAGCGGGGAAAGCAAGCAUCCUACAACAGCUCACCACCAAUACGACUGCAGUCUCAUUUAACAACGAUGUAAAUAGCUUAUACGUUUUAUACAUUAUUUACAAUUCCGCCCUCCAACUACACCUACUCACUUGAUACCCAUCGGACCUACUCCCGCUCAUACAGCGGAACGAUGACAAGAGGAGAGCCUCGUUCAGUCAACCAAGCUGCCCGGUGUUGUGAGGCUGUGUACAUUUAGACUGCAUUAGAACUGGAAUUGCCCCAUCUUCGGUAGCUUCCUAAAGCAGAAUCCCGGUCUGUUGUUCUCGUAUAUAAGACUGAAAGCUUUGCCAGCCGUUGCGGACCUUUGAUCCGUCAACCCUCUCCAGCUUCGCCUUCUCCAACUCAACAUGACAACACCAUCCAAGUCAGACAUUGUCACACAUGCAGACGACUCCCUCGCCGUUGCGCACACCGUAAACAAGCGCAAUAAACCACUCCCUCUCGACAUCGUUGAGCCCUCGCCUACCUGGCCUGCCGACUACGAAGGUCUCCGACAGCGCAUCACUACAGCUUUGUCUCCCAAUGUCAUCGUCCUCAUUCAGCAUAUUGGCUCCACGAGUGUCCCAGGCUUGCCCGCCAAGGCUGUGAUUGACUUGGACCUUGUAGUACAGGAUCCUACCAACGAGGAUUCAUAUGCACCGGCGCUCGAGGCGGCGGGAUUUCAGUUCCUGGUGCGCGAGCCAAGCUGGUUUGAACACCGCGUCUUUGGCGCCGAGGAUCCCGUGGCCAAUGUACAUGUUUGGGGGUCCAAUACACCAGAAGUGAUUAGACAUAGAGUCAUGCGGGAUUGGCUCAUAAAGAAUGAAGAAGAUAGAGAGCUCUAUGCUGAGGCGAAACGGGCAGCGUCCAAGGCCACCAAGGCAGACGGCGGCCAUGUUGGCAACUACAACGAUAGAAAGACAAAAGUUCUACGGGAGAUCUUGGACCGAGCCCUGGCGGAUGCCGGAUAUAUAGGACAGGGUCAAAAGUAAUACGAGGAUAUAGGAACGGCUUGGAUUAGACUGGAGCGUGGGUAUACAUUUUCUCGGCGGAGGUUUAUAGAUAUAUGUUAGAUAUUUUUUUUAGCUUUUAAUUUAUAGUAACUUUUACAAUCAUAAUUUCAAAGAGUAAUAUUCCGAGG